GAUGAGGUGGUCUGAUUUUGCAGAUGCAUCUGGAAGAAAAAUGGAUAACCUUCAGAUGGUACCAAAAAAGUUUUUCGCAUCAGUCAACAGUGGAGAAGAGAAACCAUUUGAUUUCUUACGUAUACUAUUUGAGGGUGUCAUAGCAGGAGGGACAGCAGGCGUUGUCGUUGAAACAACUUUAUAUCCCAUUGAUACAAUUAAAACACGACUGCAGGCAGCUCGUGGUGGAGGACAAAUAGCCUUGAAAGGGUUGUAUUCUGGGCUUGCUGGAAAUCUUGCUGGAGUCCUACCGGCUUCUGCCAUUUUUGUUGGUGUAUAUGAACCGGCAAAGCAAAAGUUAUUGAAGAUGCUUCCUGAAAAUCUUAGUGCUGUGGCCCAUCUUACUGCUGGUGCUUUAGGAGGCAUUGCUGCUUCUUUCGUUCGUGUUCCAACUGAGGUCAUUAAACAGCGAAUGCAGACUAGGCAAUUUGCUUCGGCUCCUGAUGCUGUUCGCCUAAUUGUUUCUAAGGAAGGUUUUAAAGGUCUUUAUGCGGGAUAUGGGUCAUUUCUACUUCGAGAUUUGCCAUUUGACGCCAUCCAAUUUUGUAUCUACGAGCAGCUGCGGAUAGGUUAUAAGCUGGCAGCAAAAAGGGACUUGAAUGAUCCAGAGAAUGCUGUUAUUGGUGCUUUUGCUGGUGCUCUAACUGGAGCUAUAACUACCCCUCUUGAUGUCAUUAAGACAAGAUUAAUGGUUCAGGGUUCUGCCAACCAGUACAAAGGCAUCGUUGAUUGUGUGAGGAUUAUUGUUGCAGAAGAAGGAGCUCCAGCACUUCUAAAGGGCAUCGGGCCAAGAGUGCUUUGGAUAGGCAUUGGUGGAUCAAUAUUCUUUGGUGUUCUUGAGAGGACAAAGCGAUACCUUGAACAAAAUCGUCCUGAUAAUGCAGCCUUGAAGCAAGAUUAGCUUCUAUACUUUCUUGCAACUAGCUGCAUGUUAUGAAUAUAUAAAAUUUAGUUACUACUCAGUAUUGCCGCCAUCUGCAGAAUGUUGACUCUGCUAGAAAAUAUUCAUAGAGGUAAAGAGCUAAGCUGUCCUUGGAAUUACUAUACAAAGUAGCAACAAGAAGUAGCAUCUCUGGGGAUAAAAAGCUGUCAAAUUUGAUAGGCCAUUUAACAGCUUUUGCUUUCUUGUGUUAGAAUGUGCUCAAGUGAGAUUUUGCUACUUGGAAGAUUUUUAAUUAUUAUCUUCAGGUCUUAAUGUGUUACAAUCGUGCAAAUCAAUGAAACAAGCCAAUUAUUAUUUUAUGUUAUUUCGGUCAAAAUUUC